AUGUUUGAAAAAAUGUAAAAAGCCUUUCCAAUGUUAACAAUAACAACAAAAAAAUAACCUGAAGAUUUAAGCGAAUUAGUUAAAUUUACAUUGCUAGAAUCUGUAACAAAAUCCAUACAAAAUAAUUAAUAAACUAAUUAAGAGUAUGAGUAUUAAAAAGCAAAUUUCAUAAAAUUCAAAUUAGAUACAUUUACUGAUAAAUAUGAAAGUGAUUAUUUUUGGAAAUCAUUCUUGGAAUUUUGCUAAACAAGAAAUGGUGAAACAGGAUUAAAAGUGUAUAAAAAGAAAUUAAAUAUAUUAGAUGAUAAUUCAUCUACUUAUAUUUUUAAAGCUUUUGAUUCCAUAAAUAAUAGAGAAGUUAUUAUUAAAAUUCCAAAAAAAUAUGUUGAUAAUCAAAAAUAAUUUACUAAUGAAGAGAUUUCCAGAGAUGAAGAAUUAGCAGAAACAAGAUUUUAUUCUUCUUGCUAUGCUUGCUAAAUGGCAUAUUUCUUUAAUUAAAGAUUAAAAGAAAAUAAUCUAUUAAAGGAGAUGUAACCUCUCUUUUAUGCUCAUCCAAUUUUGUAUACACUUUCAAAACCAUUAUAUGGAAUGAAAAAAGUUUAUGGUGAAACCUUCAUAUAAAUUUAAUAAUACAAAUUUUAAAAGUACUCUAACAAUUCUAAAUAUAUUGAUCCUCAAAAAUAUUUUUAUUCAUCAUUUAGUCAUUUUUCAUUUGAAGUUAGUAAAGAAAAUUUAGUCAUUAUGGAUUUAUAAGGAGCUCAUAAUAUCUUAUCUGAUCCUUCAAUCUAAACUGAAGAAUCUUGGAUAUCUAUUUUAAUAAAAGAUCCUACCAAUAGAUUUAACAAUGGAAUCUUUGAUUUUAAAACUGCAUAGCAUAAAGAAUGCAGUUACUUAUGUGAAAAAUUAAAGCUCCAUAAAAUUAAUUAGAAUACAAAGUAUAAUUAAACUCUCUGUCCUCCAAAUUAAAUAAAAAAUAUGUAUGGAAUAUGUUAUGAUUGCGAUGAAUUUAUUAGCUUCAAUGAAGAGUUACUUAAUGAUAAAAAUAACAAUAAAUUUACAUUUAAUUGUAAAUUCUGUUCGGAUUCUAUGUCUUAAAAAAAAAUAGAUGUAUUUUGCACAUGUUGUUAAUAUAUGUUCUAAACCUCCAUAAACAAUUAAUUAAAAUAAUUGACAAAUGUAGGGAUUUGUUAAGAUUGUAAAAACAUCUGUGAAAAAUAAAUUGUUACUUGCUAUUACUGUAGGAGAAAAUGCAAAAAGAUUAUGACUGAUAUAACUCUUAAUAAUCAAACCUUUGAUAUCUGCAAGGAUGCUUACGAUUAUCUAUAAGCAUUUACCUGUAAUAAAUGCAAAAAGUCAUAUAAUUAGAAAUCUAUUAUUUCUAAGGAGGAUUACGAAAAAAAUACAUUCACCUGUUGUUGA